AUCUCAGCAUUUCAUAUACCAAGGACUGGAGUCGUAGAGGCUGUUAAUUUGAGAUUAGUUUGCUGAUGCUGCAAUUCAAGUAAAAGGCAUGAAAGAAUAUGCCUACUUGAGAUAUUACUGUUAUGGGGUCUUUAAAUGUUGAUUUUUCUAGUCAAAUGUACAAUUAAAGUGGCCGCAAUAUCUGUGUUAGAGAUCCACUAUCGCAUCAAAAGUCAACAUGCACUAGGAGACCCAUGAGCAGAUUGGAUAUUUAUAUUAAAAGCUCCAAUUCAAUUUCAUUGACUUUGAAAUUCUUGGAGUUCUUCAUCCCUUGCUAAACGACUCCGUACUCGGUAGUUAACUGUAGUUUUAUGGUAUAGUUCUAUAAAUAAAGCAUGUCUAAAGCCUUGCUAAUAGUACAUUGAAGAGAUGGAUAUCAAAAGCAAGAAACCAUUGUUCUAUCAAUGUCUUGUGUUACUCUUGCAUUUGUCCUUCAAAAUUCGUUCCUCAGAAGGAUCGGAUACCAUCUUUUCAGGCCAAUCUCUUUCUGGGAACCAGACAAUAACCUCUGCUGGUGGAGAUUUUAAACUGGGAUUCUUCACACCAGGUAAAUCUCGUAACUACCAUGUAGGCAUAUGGUAUGCGAAACUACCAGAUCAAACGGUGGUUUGGGUUGCAAAUAGGCAACAACCUGUAUCCAACCUUACAUCUUCGGCUUUGAAGCUUCUUGAGAAUGGGAACUUGGUUCUACUCAACCAGUCCAAAGCCAUUAUGUGGUCGACUGGUUCGAAAUCUGUGGCUCCUAAUUCGACAGUUACCAUGCUUCUUGACAGUGGUAACCUUGUCAUAAGAGAUGCAUUAGAUUCGUCAAAAAUUCUCUGGCAGAGUUUUGACUAUCCAACUGAUCAUUGGCUGCCAGGUGGGAAGCUUGGGUAUAACAAUCUUACUAAGGAAAAGCAAAAGAUUUCUCCUUGGAGGAGCUCCCAAAAUCCGGCACCUGCACUCUUCUCUCUUGAGGUAGAACAAGACGGAACAAGUCAUUUGUUGCUAUGGAAUGAAUCUGAAAGAUAUUGGACAAGUGGGGAAUGGACGGGGAAGGUUUUCACCGAAGUUCCUGAGCUUCAGUUGAAUUACUACGUAAGGAAUAUGACAUAUAUUUCGAAUGAGAAUGAGAGCUAUUACACUUAUUCAGCUGCCAUCCCUUCUGCUUAUACUCGAUUCUUGUUGGAUGUCACUGGCCAGCUCAAACAAUUUGUUUGGCAGAAGAGCUCUAAUCGAUGGGAUUUGUUUUGGACUCGACCACCACAAGAAUGUGAGGUUUAUGCAUUCUGUGGGCCUUUUAGUAUCUGCAAUCAAGACAAGGCACCUCUUUGCUUUUGUCCGGAGGGUUUCGAAACUGAAGCGCCAGGAGAUUGGGAAAUGGGAGAUCACACAGGUGGAUGUACGAGGAGAACUCCUUUACAAUGUGAUAAUGGAGGAACAGACACAUUUCUUGUGAUCCCCAACAUGCGAUUUCCAUCGAAUCCAGAGUCUUCAACAGCUAAGACCAUUGAAGAAUGUGAAAAGGAAUGCUCAACCAACUGUUCAUGCAAUGCUUUUGCUUAUGAUUCUGGGUGUUCUAUAUGGAAAGGAGACGUCUUCAAUCUGCAACAACUUCCAUCGGACGAUAAGGCUGGAAGAGAAUUUCAUAUCCGAAUUUCAGCAUCUGACUUGAGAGGGAACGGAGUUAAAGAAACUAGAGGUAAAGUGAAAGGAAAGAUUGCUUGGAUUGUUGUAGCAGCAGUAGCAGGGUUUCUCACUCUCUUUGCCUUUGUCCUUGUUCUUCUUUGGAGAAAACAAUCAACUAGUGACUUUGAGCCCGUAGAUGAUAACUUCCUGCUCUUCAAGUACCAGGAAUUAAGAACUGCAACAAAGAACUUCUCGGAAAAACUUGGAGAGGGAGGUUUUGGUACUGUAUACAAGGGAACAUUGCCAAAUUCAACUGCUAUAGCAGUAAAGAAACUCAAAAAUCUGAAGCAAGGUGAGAAGCAAUUCCGGGCAGAGGUGAAGACAGUUGGAUCAAUCCAACACAUCAACCUUGUUCGCGUGCGGGGAAUCUGUGUUGAAGGUUCACAAAGACUUCUGGUCUAUGACUACAUGCCUAAUGGUUCUCUAGAAACAACUCUGUUUCGUAAGACUGCAAAGGUACUAGACUGGAAUGAAAGGUAUCACAUUGCUGUUGGAACUGCUAGAGGAUUGGCUUAUCUUCAUGAGAAAUGUAGAGAAUGCAUCAUACACUGUGACAUCAAGCCAGAGAACAUUUUACUGGAUCCAGACUAUAAACCAAAACUAGCUGAUUUUGGUCUUGCAAAGCUCAUAGGACGAGACUUCAGCCGGGUUUUGACAACAAUGAGAGGAACCAGGGGCUAUCUUGCACCAGAAUGGAUUUCAGGUGAAGCCAUCACAACAAAGGCUGAUGUUUUUAGCUACGGAAUGUUGCUUUUUGAGGUAAUUUCAGGGAGGAGAAACAGCGAGCAAUUAGACGAUGAAAUGGACAUUUAUUUCCCCUUCCGGGUCGCAAACAUAAUCGACAAAGGAGAAGAUGUUGUGCAGUUGUUGGAUGACAGAUUAGAUGGUAACACCAAUAUAGAAGAACUUAACAAAGCUUGUAGAGUUGCUUGUUGGUGUAUUCAAGAAAAUGAGAAGGAUAGGCCGAGUAUGGGGCAGGUGGUCCAACUGCUUGAAGGGCUAUCAGAAGUGGGUGCACCUCCAAUCCCAAGGUUUCUCCUCGGUCUAUCGGAAAAUCCUGAUGAAGCCAUUCGUUUUCAGGAGACUUCUUCCAGUUCAACUCUUACGGGCUCAAAUUAAUGCUUACCCAUCUUUCGUGCUUUAUGUGCUUGUAUUCCUCUUCAUCUUAAUAUUAGUGUAUGCUACAUGCAUGUUAGAGAAGUUGACUAUUACUUUGGAUUGUCAUUAAUGCUGGUCGUUUAAUGAAAAAUACGAUAUUAUGUAGAAAGGUAAUAUUCCUUUCCCAUAUGAAA